AUUUCAGAUUGUUGGUCGGUGGAAAAAGUCAGACAUUGGCAUACUCUCGAAGCUAACGCGCAGGCCACUCAUGCCCGUACGUCUGUCUGCCUGUCGGUCUCUGCGCGUGGUUCCUCUCCUCAGGCGAGCUCCCCCAUGUAGAUCCUCUUGUCGUUGCUGGCAGACGCAAUGACCGGCUCGGUCGGGUGGAAACACACCUGCCCACACGGCCACCCACCCACCCACCCACCCACACACAUCUUCAUGCUUACACUCGCCUCUCUGUCUCAUUUAUUUCACCUCGUUGACGGAUCCUGUGUGCCCCGGCAGCUUGUACAAGAGCUUCCUCUCCUUCUGCACACACCCACACGCAUACACCAAUAUGUCAAGCAGACACACAAGCGAGCGAAUCCAUCCGAAGAGUCUCACUCACUCACCGUGUCGAAGACGUAUACGAAUCUGUCCGAGGACCCCACCCCACACAUGGUGUCAGCGGCGUUCCACCGCACGCGCAGCAGAUUCUUCUCGAAAUUGUGCUACAGACAGGACAGCAGACCAGCCACACGCGGGUGUUCAAACAUUAGGUGUGUGUAUGUGUGUGUGCGCCCAUACCAGUGGUCCGGUGAAUGCGGUGAUUUCCCUCCGGCUGGUGAAGAACGGCUCGACGUUCCACUGACGUACCGUGUUGUCCAUCGAAUUGCUCAGCAGAUACCGCCUGCAUAUGCACACACACACACAUACACACGACGCAUUUGCGCGGCGCGUGCACUGCACGUGUGUGUAGGCUACCCGUCUUUGCUGAGGUCGAUGCCUGUGAUGCUGUCAGCGUGGCCCUUGAGCGUCAUCUCGGUGUCCUCCUCACCACGACGCAUGUCAAACACCUAAACACAGACAGACACGGCAUUCACGCCAUCACACAAAUGGACCCGUGUCCGCGUCGCUGUCUGCCUGCCUCCCUGCCUCCCUGACUGACCCUGAUGGUGUUGUCGAGAGAGCCGGCGAACACACGCUCGGCCGAAUCGUCGAACGUCACGGCCAGAAUCUGGUGGUCCAGGUCAGGUAGGUGGCAAGCAAAGCACACGUCCGCAUCUCUAUCAUUUGGUCAGUCGGAGCGUGUGUGUACCUGAUACUGAUGCUCGUAGCUGUUGACGGACCGCCGCGUCCGCAAAUCCCACACCUGCACACGUCAACCGACACACCAGUCACACGAAAUGGCGUCCAUCCAGCCAGCCAUCCAUCCAUCCAUCCAUUCGUCCAUUGCACCUUUGUGGUGCCGUCGUCCGCCCCCGAGCACAGCAGCGGUGGCCCCCUCCUGUUGGGACUGCACGAGUUGACCACCGCCUGGUGACCAUCUGCACACACACACACACACAAAACCACACAGACGUGCCUUGAAGGUGGCCGUGAGAGCAUUCAUCUGUGCGUACUGAAUUUCUUGGUUCGCUGUCCCUCUUCGACGUCCCACACGCACACGCUCUUGUCGGCCGAACACGAGUAUAUCUGCCUGCAGACACAAUGAUGACACAGACACAGACACAGUGUGUGUGUGUGUAUGUCUGUGUGUGUGUGGGCGUAUGUACGUUCCGUCGUGUUUCCAGUGGAUCUCCAGGACGGCGUUGGUGUGGCCUUUGAGCACACACCAGUUGGGGCACUCCUCGUAGGUCUGCCACAGAUCUGCACACACAACCAAUGACACACAUACCCCUUAGUGUGAUCGUUCCAUUCAUCCGUCCAUCCACCCCAUGCGUACAUAUCUGUUUGUCGAACGAGCCAGAGGCGAGGUUGCGCCCGUCAGGCGAGAACUCACAAGAGAACACCUCACCCUGCAGCCAGACAGACACACCAUCGACACCCAGAUGGAUGCACACACCCAGGUGACGCAAACCGAUCAGUGUUCCUCGUCACUGCUCACCUGGUGGCCUGUGAGCAGCAUCGUAGGCGCCAGAAUCCCGCUCUUGCGCUGGUUCUGACUCACACACACAACCCAGAACAAACAUGGAUAGAGUGCGUCCGACAAUCCCGCAUCCGUCCACACAUAUAUCAACACGGAUCCCAUCCCUUGACAUACCGCCGGGACAGCCACCACGCCAUCGUACCCCGGGCCGGCAGGCACCACAUCCAGCCGCUGCCUCUUCGGCUCUGGCUCCUCACGCGCUACCAACGCCAUGAUCUCUGAUCACGGCAGAUCUGUGUCCACACGUCAACCGCCUGUCCCCCGAAUCUCUG